AUGCCCUUACCUUAUACAAUACUCUCUGGUACAGGCACAGUUUCUGUCAUUAAUGAUGAACAUGGACCACGGGGUUCUUCACGCUGCAAUAAAUUGCGUAAAUUCCUGGAACCUGCAUGUGAGGUAGCUCGUAGUACUAGAAAAUUAGUGCAAAACCAUUUAGAUUCAGAGUGA